AUGUCGCCCCAAAGGCUAGUGUUUGGCAAGAUGUUCCACCUCCCUGUCGGCGUUGAACAUAAAGCUUAUUGGGCAAUCAAAGAAAUGAAUAUGAAGCCCCAGGCUUGUGAGGAGGAGAGAAAGCUCCAACUGCAAGAGCUGGAGGAACUUAGACUUGAGUCGUAUGACGCAGCGAUGUGGCUCAAACUGAUGCUCGGGAAGCUAAAGUCCAAAUGGAUAGGACCCUACACAAUCGUCGGCCUCAGAGCGAAUGGAGCCGUGGAAAUUCAGGGAAGUACCCCUAACUCUAUUCCAUUUCCUCUUAAUGGUCACAAAGUCAAAGUGUACAGGGAUAGUUCAGAGAUGUGCGUGGUGGAGGAAAUUCCACUACGCAUGCUCUCCACUGUUGCCUAA